AUGCCCGACUCAACCCCCAAAAACAUCCGCCCCCUCAACCGCUUCAUAACAACCCACAAUGAAAGCGGCAAAGCAAUCUUCUCCAACGACAUCCCAGAGCUCAUGCCCGUGCAAAGAAUCACCGACGGCGCCGACUUCAGUCUCGCCUACACCACGGAUCACUUCCCCGCGCAACUCAACAACAAAACCGAUAUCACCGAAUACUCGAACUACCUGACCAGCCCACCAGGCAUAGUCGUGUCGAGCGGGACAGUCUGCCGGAUCGUGGAUAUGCCACCUGCAGCCCUGAGCCCCAUGCACCGCACUGUCUCGCUGGACUAUGGUGUCGUUCUCGAAGGCGAGGUUGAGCUCCUGCUUGAUUCUGGUGAAGUGCGGCUGUUGAAGCGUGGGGAUGUUGCUGUGCAGCGGGGGACGAACCAUGCUUGGAGGAAUGUGACUCCUGAUGCUGUUGAUGGGGAUGGGGUGUUGACGCCUCAGUGGGCGAGGAUGUUGUAUGUUCUUCAGCCUUCGAAGGAGAUUGAGGUUGAUGGGCGGCGGUUGGGGGAGGUUGUUGAUGGUAUUGGUGUCCGGGCUAGUACUUAG